AUGACGGCGAUGAACACUUUCGUGGCCAUGUGGCGCUUCUUGCUGACCCUCGGGCCCUCGGCCAUGGUCAUCCUGUUGCUGAACAAGGGACUCGUCGAGGAGCGACCCGACAUUGUGGAUGAGGCCCACCGAGUGCGCUCCAUCUACAUCGAAAAGCUGCGGGAGUCCUAUGACUUCAUAGUGAUUGGCGGAGGUUCGGCGGGCUGCGUACUGGCGGCUCGCCUCUCGGAGAACCCGGCCUGGAGCGUCCUGCUGCUGGAGGCGGGCGGCGACGAGCCGCUGCUCCUCGACCUGCCCCAGCUGUAUCCGGUGUUCCAGCGCAGCCCCUGGGACUGGAAGUACUCGACGGAGCCCUCGGACCGGUACUGCCUGGCGAUGGAGGACCAGCGCUGCUUCUGGCCGCGCGGCAAGGUCCUGGGCGGCUGCAGCUCCAUCAACGCCAUGAUGUACAUUCGGGGCAACCGCCGCGACUACGACCACUGGUCGGAGUUGGGUAACCCGGGGUGGGACUACGCCAACGUCCUGCACUACUUCCGGAAGACGGAGGACAUGCGAGUGCCGGGCUUCGAGCACAAUCCCUAUCACGGGCACGGCGGCCCCAUCUCCGUGGAGCGCUACAGGUUCCCCUCGCCCCUGCUGAACAUCUUCAUGCAGGCCGCGCACCAGCUGGGCCUCGCCCAUCCCGACGGCGACUUCAACGGGCGCUCCCAGACGGGAUUCGCGCCACCGCACGGCACCCUCCGGGACGGCCUCCGGUGCAGCGCCAACAAGGGCUACAUCCGGCGCAGCUGGCAGCGCCCCAACCUGGACAUCGUCCUCAAGGCCUUCGUGGAGCGGAUCCUUAUCGAGCCGGACACCCGGAGGGCCGUGGGCGUGGUCUUCGAGUACGGCUUGGGGAAGCAUCGCGUUCUGGCGCAGCGGGAGGUGAUCCUCUCCGCCGGCGCCAUUGCCAGCCCCCAGCUCCUGAUGGUCAGCGGCGUGGGCCCCCGGGAGCAGCUGGAGCCGCUGGGCAUCCCGGUGGUGCAGCACCUGCCCGGCGUAGGGGGCAACCUGCAGGACCAUAUAUCCACCUCGGGCGCCAUCUACACCUUCAAUGCGCACCAGAACCGCCACCUGUCAUUCAUCGUGCCGGAGAUGCUGAACGAGGAGGCUGUGGCGGACUUCCUGCAGGGCAAGGACAGCUUCUUCUACGCCAUGCCGGUGAGCGAGGUGAUGGGCUUCUUCAGCACCCGCUACCAGGACCCCCGCCAGGACUGGCCCGAUGUCCAGCUCUUCCUGGGCAGCUACGGCUACGGCGCCGACGGCGGCAUGAUCGGACGCCGUGGCGCGGCCAUCACCCUGGACAACUUUGCGGACACCUUCGAGCCGAUGAUCUACCAGGACUCGUUUGUGAUCGCUCCGCUGGUGAUGCGGCCCAGGUCGCGCGGCUACCUCCAGAUCCUGUCCAAGGACCCGAAAAUCCACCCCCGCAUCCACGCCAACUACUACGACGACCCCCACGACAUGGCCGUGAUGGUCGAGGGCCUCAAGAUGGCCCACCGCCUGACCCAGACCCCGGUGAUGCGCGCCAUCAACGCCACCAUGAACAUCUACGAGUGGCGCAACUGCCCGGAGGUGGAGUACCUGAGCGACGCCUUCUGGGAGUGCCUGGCGCGGUUCUACUCCCAGACCAUCUACCACCCGGUGGGCACCUGCAAGAUGGCCCCGCUCUCGGAUCCCUCGGGCGUCGUUGAUCCCCGCCUGCGGGUGCGCGGUAUCCGCAACCUGCGUGUCAUCGAUGCCAGCAUCAUGCCCACCAUCCCCACCGGAAACACCAAUGCUCCGACCCUGAUGCUGGCCGAGAGGGGGGCGGACAUCAUCAAGCAGGACUGGCACCACUACAGGAAUGGUGGUUGGAGCUAGGCCUUCUGUAUGCUAUUG